AGCGAAAUUUUAGUGAGAGUGUGUGUGUGUUCCCCGCAAACAAGAUGGCGUUCGUAAACUUGGAGUGAUUUCGAGUGUUUAUUGGUUUUUUGUUGGGCAAAAACCCCCAUAUAAUGGACAGAUAUUGAGGUAAAAUUGUGCGAAAAGUGUUCUUGAACUAUCAAGCUCCAGAUUGAACAUUAUAUUGUGGUGGUGGAACAAUUGGAUUAUUGUGAAAAGUGGAGAGACAGCCGCUCACGGAAUACCCCCAAGUCGUCCAUUGAAGUGUGUGUCCACAAAGCUUCCCAAAGUGCCACCGAGGGCUCCAUACAAGUCUCAGAGCAUCUUGAGCAGAUAAAAGAAAGUGGCAACCAUGUGGUCAAUUGGCUGAGAUCGUGGGGCUAUCUCAACUCAUCAGAGACACACACUUAUCCAUAAGACGAAAAUAUACGUAGAAUUAUAGUAGAAUAGUGACAUUUGAGAUUAUCUGGAGGAAGGUGUGUUGAAGAGUGAUAGGUGCGUCUUGGACGCAGUGACAGUUUUACGUAGGUGCUGUGUGUUGAAGGUGAUCCAAGGCGAUGGAUCCUGUGGGCCCUUGGUCCUAUACGUACAAUCGCCUAGCAGCUGGAGCAGCUGCUGGGGCGACUAGUGGGGACUUUCACCAUCAUUUGGCCACAGCAGCUGCCAAUAAUGCAACAGUUGGGGCUCCGGCCACAACGUCACAAUUACUGGCACAGGCUGCUCAUACUACGAGCCUAGGUACAUCUGCCAGUUCGGCGUAUCCUGGUGGUUUUUUGUCACCGCCAACCGUUGGGUAUGAUGCAGUAUUUACGCCAUUUCUGCAUCAUCCCAACCCAAAGCCGGCUCACUACAGUUCGACGAUCAAUGCACAGCAUAGGCAAGCAUUGGCUCAAGCGGCUGUGGUUACAAAACCCGUUGAAAGUGACUAUGCUGCUCCGGCAGCGGCACAUCAUCAGCCCCAGACGUCGGCGUUUUUUGAGCAAGCGUCCAGUGGUGGAAGUGGCAGUGGCGGAGGUUCUGCAUCAGGCAGUGCCUCUGGGAGUACGAUAACAUGGCAAGGUGGUGGAAAUCAAUUGCCAAGUCCCUUUGGUAUCCUGCCCCAUGAGAAUGUCCCCUCGAGUCCAGGUGGUGGUGCAUCUAGUAAGAGUUCGGCAACUGGCAGUAAUCCUGCCUCGGCGGCAGCUGCAUCUGUCUAUGACAACUUCAACGCUCACAUUGCUGCACAGUCACUGUAUCACAUCAAUACACAGUUGGCGGCCAAUGCAGCUGCUGCGGUGGCGGCUAACAAAGUAGCUGCUGCUGCAGCAGCUGUUCGUUCAGCAUCUCCACAAGUGUCCAGCGCCAAUAAGAUUACCGCUCCGAGUAAUUUCUACCAGAGUGUACCAGCUGGCUAUGCAGCGGCGGCGGCGGCAGCAGCUGCUGCUGAAUCACUAACAUCGAGCUACCCAUCGACGGUGAUAAGUCAGAAAGCGCCAGCUGCGGGCAAUCAGGGAGAUUUCGGAAGUAGCAGUCCAGGUGGAAAACUUGGAUUUCUUGCAGAGCGUGGUGGUGGUGGUGCAGCAGCAUCAACACCAGUACAGCAUCAGCAGAUUGUAGGGAAUACGAUGGGACAGUCAACGAUGGUAGCGGGACAACAACAACAACAACAACAGCAACAACAACAACAGCAAGAGGAGCAAAAUAUCGCAAAGUCCAUUGCUGAGAAGAAGUACAAUCUGCCGAAGGGGGUGGGAUCGGGUUUUAUGGGGUCAUACUUGAAGUUUUUGCAAGGUGAACGCGAUACAUCACCCCCACCGGCCAGUCGGGGUGGUCGUAAGGCCACAUGGUCAAGAACGGCAGCAGCGGCAAAUGCAUCAUCAACAGCUGCUAGUAGUCAAACAACAUCAUCUACAACAUCAACGAUGAAAAAUACCCAAGCAGCAGCAGCAGCAGCAUACAAUCCAAAUCAACAGCAAAUAAGCAAUGGUGUUAAUAUACACUCACAGCAAAUUAUCAAUCCUGGUGGUGGCAAUCAGGGUCAAACCAGUGAAAUUGAUGAUGGCAGGUACUAUCAACAACAAUCGAGAAAUAAUUCAAAACGCAAGUACGAUGAGCAAGAUGAUGAGCGUAAGAAGGCAGUUAAGAUGGUUGAUAAGAAUGAUGUUGUUGGUAAAGAUGGUAAAAAGACACGUGUGCAACAGCAACCACCACAGCAGAAUACAUUGCAAACACUCCAGCCAACACCGAGUGUCGUACAAGCCACAGCUCCUCCACACCUCCCCCUCCAUCCUCACCCCCAUCAUCAUCAUCCACAGCCACCGCCACAGAUGAUGCAACAGUCAUAUUAUCAGCAGCCAGACGAAGUGCCACUGCGUCGUGAAAUGUCCCAUCGAAAGGCAAAAGGUCGCAGUGUUCUUCAACUCCUCAAUAUGUCACUUGAUACUGAGGAUUUUGCCGGUGCAGCAUCAGACGAUGAGCCUGCGGAAUUUCAGGAUUCCGAUGCAGAUCCCGUAUGGACACCCGAAGUUGAUGAUGAUGACGAUGAGUACGAGAAAGGCAAGAAGAAAAUCAAGAAGACCCGAGAAAUGAGGAAUAAGAUCAGAAAAAUGUCUCAAGCAGGAACUCCAAUGGAAAACUUUAUGCAGAUGAAGGACGAUGAUGAGGAUGAAGAUAUGGGAAAGAUGUCUGAAGGAGGAAAUUCAAUGAGGGAUUUUCUGCCGAUGAAGAAUGAUGUGCAGGAGGAAGUAGUGAGCUUGGAGUUGGAACAGCAGAUUCCCAAGGAGUCUGUUAUCCAAAUGCACGAAAAGCCCAACGGACAGAAGGCACAUGUACCAGAGCAUUCGGAAAAUCUGGACGGUUUUAAGAUUGGACAAUUCAUUGUGAAUGUUCAGGACGAAAUUACCCACGAAUGGCCAAAAUUGUGGCGAGUGGAUGGGAAGAAUUUGCUGGAGAAGUACGAACCGAUCCUCAAAGCGGGAAAAAUUGUCUACAGGAAUGAAUCUGUGUUUGCUGCUUUGCUACCAGAAUCUUAUAGGAAUUACAGGCAUGUAAGGGUUAGUAUCCUGCAGAAUCCACAAGACUUCCGGAAGCCACAGAAUAAUCUCGUGGAAUGGGUGAGGAAUGGAGUUCCGUCGCCGAUUAAGCAGCAGCAACAGCAGCAGUCAGAGACACAGCCGACACAGUCAACGAGUCAUCAGGGAGUCAUUCGAGAGACUCCACAGCAGCCUCAGGCGGCACAGCAGCCUCAAACGGCACAGCAGCAGCCUCUGGUGGAUUUGGGAUCAGAAGUUCUAGCCACUCCACCUGUUCUGACUCCCUUCGAACGGUUGAUGCAGGAUAAAUUGGUGUAUCAGGAACAUUUUGAGAUCUACAUCCAAACCUUGAUAUCUCAAGCUCUAGACCCGAACUUCCUCACGGAAAUCAUUCAGGAGAAUGAUGAGUACUUCCUGGGCAGUGUCAGGGCCAUUGACAGUCUCGUGGAUGGACUGAAGACGCGACUCCUGACAGCUAGGCCCAUUUCUCGCAAUUUCCAUGCGGCCCUGGAGAUGUGGCCACAAUACGAAGUCAUGCAAUUGGGCACCAAUUAUCCGCCCCAAAUGGCAUGCACCAGCUGCCUGAGGGCAGUGGCUUCUGUGCACAUCCGCUUUGCCGGACAAUUCUACAAUUCCGUCACAAUGACAGCCAGGGAAUUCCAAGGAGGCGCUACUUACGAGAGGGACUUUACGCUCUGUGGACAGUGUAAUGAGAAUCUGAGGCUGUAUCACAGGAUGAGCCAUCAGAAGUACACGCUAUUCAUGGCGUGUACGCAGAAGGUGCAGGAGAGGAGUGCUCAAGAUCCCACCAAGACCAGCACAACGAUACUUAAUGAGCUCCUGGCGGAGGAUUCUUGGCUAGAAGAGCUCUUCAAGAGCGUUCGACAGACAUGGGUGGAACUUGAGCUACUCGUCGAUCCUCAAAGUUCAGUGCGAUUUUAGAGAAAAGUAAACAAGAAAAGUAAAUGUAAAAGGGACACUCAAGAGCGUAAGUGAUUUUUUAAGUUGUUCCUCAUGAAAUUUUCAUUUAAGUUUUUUUUUUUCUAAAUUUAGUGUUGAAAAGAAUUUCAGAUUUUGGUCAGAAGUUAUAAAGAGAAAAUGAAGUAAAUUAAGUUUAUGAAAAGAGAAAGUAUAUGUUGUAUUUUAAGAAAUGGUCACAUAAAAUGAAGAAAAAAAUCUAUUUGGAGAAAAAAAUCGUAUAUGCUUUCUCACUUGUCUAUGUAUUUUUCUUUCUCAUUAAAAUACAUGAAUUUUGUUUUUUUUUUUAAUAUUACAAUAAAAUACACAUUGUAAAAUUUUAAUAG